GAUGUUUAACUAUCAUUUAUGUAAUUAACAUAUCAAUUAUAAACUUAAAUCCAAAUUCUGAGUUUAACCCCAAUAUAGUGGUCAUGUUUCCAUAGUCAUGUGUAGAAUAUUCUCAAAGGUGCAAGCAAUUUUUUUUCAACUCUGUUUAAAAAAAAAAAGUGAAAAUUUUUGUUCAACUUUAAAAAACAAAAAAACAAAACAAAGUCUGUGAUGUUGCUUCACGUUUUGUUUGUCCUUUUGACCUUUUUAGAAAACGAAAAUACACACGCUCACGUUUGGUGUUUAAUGUAAUUUAUUAAUGGAAUAAUACCACUAUAAUGGUGCAUACAAAAAGUACAAUAUUUUUGAAACUACAUCGGUGUACCAUAUGAAUACCAUGACAUUGCGACAUUAUUUUUCUUGAGUAGAGGUCUUUUAUUUUGACGUGCAUUUUCCCAGUGUACAACCGCACAGGAAGUGCUUCGAACAAGAAAAGCGGAAGUUAUUGAAGAAAUAAUUUGUGUUCUAAUGUAAGCAUUCUCACGGCCAAUUUUUACUUAAUGCGUAUGAUUAGUAAUGUCGUAUGACUACAGUUUCAUUAAUCUCGCCGAUACGUCUGCUUGUGUACACUGGGUGCCCGGGUGGAUCUGUGAUCUGCAUCCGUCUACAGUCUGAGCUCUUCUUCUUCUUGCACUCUACCUCUGAACACUCAUACGAUCUCCAUCUCUCUGUCUCCCACAUGAGCGCAGCGUUUUAUUCCCGCUGGGCCGAGCGCCAUGCCUGACCGGGAUAGCGCCUACCUAGCAGGUGGUGGUGGGGGUGGCAGUGGGACGGGGGUGGGCACUGGGGUUGGGGACGAGGGAGGGUCCGGGACGGGUGGAGAAGGUAGAGUGACAGGGGUUGGUGGCUCAGCGGGCUGUGCAGGGGGUAACGGAGGUCCCGGGGCAAUGGGAGGCGGCGGGGCAUUAGGAAACGGUGCUUUUGGAUCCGGUCUGGGACUGGACGGCGUUUGCCGGGAUUUUUUGCGGAACGUGUGCAAGCGUGGAAAGCGCUGCCGCUUCCGUCAUCCGGACUUCAAUGAGGUUCCCGAUUUGGGCGUGCAAAAGAACGAGUUCAUCUUCUGCCACGACCAUCAGAACAAAGAGUGCGUGCGCACCAACUGCAGAUUCGUGCAUGGCUCGAAGGAGGACGAGGACUAUUAUAAGAAAACCGGAGAGCUUCCGCUUCGGCUCAGGGGGAAGGUAGCAGCCGGGUUGGGUUUGUCUCCGACUGACCUUCCGUUGAGCCGUGGCGAGGUGCCUAUUUGCAGGGACUACCUGAAAGGAGAGUGCCAGCGGGGCAAUAAGUGCAAGUUCCGGCACGUCAGGAAGGAUUAUGAGUAUGAAGCCCCAUCCCGGGGUGGAGUCGGUUGUAUGAUGGGCGUCACCGGUGGCGUCAGCGGGAUGGUGAACACCGGCGGCGUUGGAGCAGGCGGUGUUGGCGGUGCCUGCGGCGGGAUGUCUGGUCUCGUUGGUGGUGGUGUUGGUAACUACAUGGGAAUGGGAUGUCCCAACAUGGGCGGCUGCAGAGAGCAGGGCAUGUCGGGUGGAGUUGGGGGCUCGUUGAGCGGCUGCAUUUCGAUGGGAACAGCAGGUCAUCGGCGGUAUGACAGGGGCCCUUGCUCCGUCUACGACCCUCUGUUUGAGAAUGGCAUGUUCGAAGCGGGGCCGGUGGAGGCUCCUGUCGACCACACGUCCUUCCAGCUGAAGAGACGGCGUUUGGAGGGGCUGCGGUUGACCGAUGGGACCGUUGGUGGACAUUAUGACCUGGGGGUUCAGACCACCCUGUCGACCCGGCCGUUAGAGUACCGCUUAUUAGAAGAGGAGAACUCCUUGCUGAGAAAAAGAGUGGAGGAGCUUAAGAAACAGGUGUCCAAUCUCAUAGCCACCAACGAGGUGCUCCUGGAGCAGAACGCUCAGUUCCGAAGCCAGGCUAAAGUGAUGACGCUGUCCUCCACCCCUGCUCCGUCUGAGCAGAGUCUGGCGCCCCCUGUUGGUUCUGUCAGCUCCUACAACCAUGGCAUCGCCCAGACGCACACCACUCUGAGCAGUGCUGGUCUGCAGCCCCGUCCCGUCACGCAGCAGGAUCUGGUGGCCCCGUCCGGUGCGCCGACCGCCCCUCCAGCCAAUGCGGCGCCCCCUACCGCACCCCCUCCACAUCUGAACCCUGACCCCAUCUCUGCCGCCCUCGCUCAGACUAUCGCCCAGGGAAUGGCUCCGCCUGUUUCCAUGGCCCCUGUUGCGGUUUCUGUAGCACCGGUCGCUGUGUCGAUGGCACAACCGCUGCCGGGCAUCACGAUGAGCCAUGCGACCACACCGAUGGUGUCGUAUCCCAUCGCCAGUCAGAGUAUGAGGAUCACAACCUUGCCUCAUUAGUAUGAACAGAUGUUUUCAGCAAUAUAUACACAAGUCAAGGAAAUUCUCCUUACACCCUUUUGUUUAACUUACCAAUAACAUGGUAAGUUUCUCAGGUGAAGGGUCUGUUUUGACUGAAGGAACUUACAGAUUUCUGUAGAGGCAAAAUACAGAUCUCCUCUUGUGAAUAUUUGAAACAUAUUUCGGUUUUCUUGCCACGCUUUUGCGGAUGAUUGCCUUUAAGAGAGCCGAAAGAAAGAUUCCUUUGAGAUUGUGGACAUUUAUUAACUCAUUUUGAAAGAUGUCACUAUUCAGCUAAUCACUACAGAAGGAUUGUGAAUUUACUUGUUAGCUGUCAGUUUUAGUUUGACUCCUUUUUUAAUAGUUUUUUGAAUUGCUUUCGUGUGAACUGAUUAUUGGUCUUUUGCACAAGAUUAAUGAAUCUGACCCAUUAAGUACCAUUAUUAAUUCUUGUAUUGUUUCUUCACACAACAAAUCAUAUGAGGGCAUACAAAUGUUUUAUUUAUUUCUUUUGGAAACUAAAUAACUGCAUUUUUCUGUCUAAAUAUUGGCCAUGUUUCGUUCAUCUUUGGUGAGUAUCUUUCUGAAAUGUUGAUGAAAAAUUAUAUUUCUUAUCAAACCAAACUUCUUUUAUGAGUUUGAUCACUUUCUCAUGUUCUGUUGAGCAUACCGUCCAUUGUUUGCACUCUCAGACCUGUUCACUUACGAUCAGAUCACCACAGACUGUUAUGGGUGUAACUGGAUGUGUAAAUAUUAUAGUCAUUAAUAUUAAAUCACUGAUUCACUUCUUAUGUUUAAAAAUAUUUUCCUCAUGCCCAAUUAACACAGAGUAAACAGUUUUAUGUAAAAGUUAGAUAGGAAAUUCACAGCAUUUUAUAAUGUCUUGUAUCUGGAAACCCCCAGAUUUUUGAAAAGCUAUCACUUUAUUGCUCGUAAUCAGUUUUCAGAAGUGAACUGUCAUCUUUUAGUGUUUGCUUGUGAUGUUUUUAAGCUAAUAUAUAAGGUUUGGAGUCUCUCUGAUUAAGGUAGAGUGGUUAACUAUUAGGGUUAUCAUGCAAAAAGUAUGAGCAUGAGAUGUGUAUUUAAUUUGACCUGUUCUCAAGCUCCUUUCUUUCUUUAAUCUGAUAAUCCACCAGCAUUAGGCCUGCAGGACACAAGUACAUCUGGAUGCUCUGGAACAGACAAACUAGUGUCUAUAUUGGGAGCCAUUAUAUGAAAACUAAUGUGAAUGACUUGCCCAUGAAUACAGAUUUCGAGCAGAAGGCGGUCAGCUGGUAUCAGAGCAUCAAUAUUUCAGCUGUUGUGGCUAGAAGGGAUACAGCUAAAACUGGAAGCUAACAAUAAACUUAAUUUUCUACCUAUUAGAUUGUGUUUUAUAAACGUCAACACCUACCCCUUACAAUAAUGCAAAAACAGUAAAUAUUGUUGUACAGUGUGACAAAAAUUACACUAUAUUGAUGUGCGCAUGCCCAGUAGACAAACCUGUGUAUACCAUCUAGCCUUAACCAGUUUCAGCCUUCUUUUACUGUCUUUAAAUCAAUACAAGCUAGUUUUGACUAGUAAAAUUUCACUUUAAAGAGAAAUAAUUUAAUAAAUCUUUAGUUUAAACUGUAGAUAUCAGAAGAAAAGAAAAAAAACCAUUUGCAAUAAUGACUAAAGCUAAUGCAUUCAGAAUAUGUUGCAUAUCAUUUCUUGUCAAAAAAGUGGAAUUUAUCUCAAAAUUUGGAGCCAAUUGUAAUUGGAUGAACAAAGAGAUAGUCCUUUUUUAUUUAAACUAGCCAAAACUGCAUUAGACAUGUUUACCUGU